AUGCAUUUCUACUAUAUUAUCACAGUCUGUCAGCCACAUAUCAUGUCAAAUAUAGAUGGUACACUAAAGUCAAUCAUCACUGCAGCCAAUGCAGCAAAUAACGCAGUUGAGGACUUGACCUCAGCAACUGCACAAGUUGAGCAUCCCAGUUUCAUUCAAAAUCUACUAGAAAAAUCAGGACAAACUGAAGCCGAGGGCAUCUCCUUACUCUCGUUGAAAAAUCUGGCAUUAGCAUCUUAUAUAAAUAACUUGGUAUUGAUUGUGCUUGGUCAGAUAGAUAGAAUGGACAAUGAUGAAAAUGAGAACCUCAAGAAUGAAGCUAUUGAGCGAUCCAUUGCUCAAAGGGUCACCUUGGAGAAAGGUGUGAAACCCUUGGAAAGGAAGAUAACUUACCAGAUUGAAAAUCUUAUGAAAACAUUUAGCAAAGCAGAAAGUCAGGAAUUACAGGCUAAGAAAGAAGAAGAAGAUGCUGACGAAAGUAACGAUGAUGGUUCGGAUGGAAAGGAAGAUAACGAUGUUGAUUCAGAAGAAGAUGAGAUGGCAUUUAGACCAGAUGCUGCCGCAUUAGCCAAAUUAGCUCCUCAAGCAACCAAAUCACCCUCAAAUGAGAAAUAUAAGCCACCUAAAAUAUCAGCUAUGGCGCCCCCAACUAGUAAAGAUUCUGAUGCCAAGAACGCUCCAACACAGAAACUCCAGAGUAUGGAGGAAUACUUGCAAGAACAAAGUGACCUUCCUACGGCUGAAGCAAGUAUUGGAUCUACCAUUGUUAGUCAUGGUCGUGGAGGUGUAAAAACUCAAUACGAUAGAAAGAAAGAAAAGGAGAUUCAAACUUAUGAAGAGGCUAAUUUCACAAGAUUACCUACAGCCCAAACUAAAAAGAGUUUCAAACAAAAGCAAAGGGACAUGGCGAACCAAUUUGCGGGUGAAGACUGGAGUAUCUUCAACAAGGAUAAAGAUUUAGAUUCUGGUACAUCCAGGAAAAGGAAACCAACAACCUCUUGGGAUAGAGUUAAGAGAAAACGUACAUAA